AGUUCUCACGCUGCGUGCAACUUGAUCCGUGACUCCCACUUUACCCUUAAGAGCUCCAUUCAAUCCUCCAGCUGAAUAUACGGGAGGUGCUUAGAGAUGUCCCAUAAACGCAAGUACCGCAAAGUUGCACCGACGACUAACCUUGUGGCUUCGGCGACGAUAAGAUUCGCACCAGAUCUUUUCACUCUGUCUGUUCAAGCACAUGAGGCUACUGUCAUUCGCGGCCCGCAGUCUCUUUCAACAGCACUUUCUCUUGAGGCGCCGCAUCUUCCAACUUUGGGGGUCUAUGCAAAUGACCCUCAAAUCGGUAACGCUCUCAUACAAUGGGGCGCUAGCACAAGAAAUUUUCAACUUCUUAACCCGGAUUAUUCUUUUCCCGAAGCGUCGGACGACAAGGCUACUUGGGUGGACAGAUACGACGCUCGUCUCCUGCUUGAUGCCGUCCCAGAGCAUGCAAGUCCGAGUGCCUCUCAGCCAAGGUCUCUAUCUCCAACCGGAUGGUCAGACUUGCCAUCUGACACUGAAGAUACCUUUUUCUUCACACCACAUGAAAUUGAAGACUACCGGCGCGAGAAACGUAGGCGUCUCAUUGACCAAAACAGGGAGGACCGUCUGAGAGCUCUUGCCGAGACCGACGAAAGCGAACAGUCGGAUCUUUGGGGAGGUAGUGAUGAGGAGCCCGAUGAUGUCCAAUCAGAGCUCAUGAAAAGAACAGCGCUACACCUUCUCUCGUCCCCUAAUCCUGCACAACUGGAGAUGCGCAUUCUUGCAAACCACGGUGCGGAUAAGAGAUUCGCAUUCUUAAGGGGACGGUGGUCACGAGCAUGGCGCACAACCAAGGAGAGGCUCAGACAAGAAAAAGUCGACCAACCAACUCAAUCACUGCGAGCUCCACGGAACGUAGGUCUGGGAGGACUCGCUGCGUAUGGAGAAAGUGAUGACGAAGAUAGCGAGGAAGAGUCUGAGAGUGGGGAAACAUCUCUAUUAAAGGUUGGUGAGAGCUCUGCCACAACCCUGGAUUCGCUUCAGAACCGUAAUGUACGGUUGGAGGAGGCUGAGCAGGAGGCUCGGCGUGCUAGAGCCAGGGAGUGGGCUACGCAACGCCGUGCACGACAAGGACAAACUUUGAGUACAGAUGAGGAUCGGGUAAAUUCCUCAAAUUUAUGAUGACUGUAUGGUGACUAUUGUUUUGUUUCCCGGAUAUAAUGUUCCCUGCAUUUGAAACGUGAAUCGCC